AUGGCUGGGUCGCAGAAGACCCAGUCGAAGGGCCCCGGCCAGCGCCGCAGGCCGCAGGCCUCCAUCGUCUGCGCCGCCAUGCACACCUCCUGCGCCCCCCCACGGCGCGGCCCCGGCUGCGGGCCGGCGGCCACGUCGGGCGCGCCGGGUGCUCCGUGCGGACGGCCGGCAGCCAGGGCGGCCUGCAGGAACUCCACGAGCCGCGUGAGCGUGGCGUGCUCGAACAUGAGCGAGGGCAGCAGCCCGAGCAGGGCCUCCGGCCUGCCGGGCCACCGGGCCCGGAGCCUGGCCGCCAGGGCGGCGCUGAACGAGACGGCCACGGCGCGGUGA